AGCUCCUAUCCCUACUUGCCUUCAAAUCAAAUCCAUCCCCGCAACUGUCUAAUCAUGGCAAUCAAAACCGCCCAAAACAACCAAGCCAUCUACUUCCGUAACCUCCACACUCCAGGCCACCCAAUCCUCCUCACAAACGUAUACGACGCAGCAACAGCCUCUUUAAUUGCAAACCACCCCUCCACAAAAGCAAUCGCAACAGCAAGCUACGCAAUCGCAGCCUCCCAAGGCUUCUCCGAUGACGCUCUAACACUGCCCCGAAACCUAGCUGCCGUUCGCUCCAUAGCAGCUAUCUUGAAGCCCAACAGCUUCCCGGAAAGCAAAGACUCAGACGAAAUUACGACAAAGCUUCCCCUAACAGUUGACCUCCAGGACGGCUACGCAGACGUCGCUGAAACGAUCAAGGAGAUCAUCAACCUGGGCGCGGUGGGAUGCAACCUUGAAGAUCUAGACGGUACUACGGGACAGUUACGGCCUUUGUCGGAGGCCGUGGCGCGGAUUGAACUGGCGGUUAGGACUGCUGCGGAGCUCGGCGUUCCUGAUUUUGUGGUCAAUGCGCGGACGGAUGUCCUGGGGGAUAACCCUGGUAGCAAACCGGGAAAUAUUCAAGAUGCUAUUGAGAGGGGGAGGGCUUUUUUGAGGGCCGGGGCUUGUACCGUGUUUGUUUGGGGUGGUGCGGGUGGACGGGGAGUGUCAAGGGAGGAGAUUAAGGAGUUGGUUGUGGCUUUUCAGGGGAGACUGAAUGUGAAGUUGGUGCUGCGAGAUGGGUUUUUGACUGUACCGGAGGUGAAGGAGUUGGGGGUUGCGAGAAUUAGUUUGGGCCCAGAGCUAUAUCGAGCUGCGAUGAGCGGGUUUAAGGAAAAGGCUGAUGCGGUGUUGGCUUCCUAUAGUUGAGUACGGUAUGAAGGAUCUCAGUUCAACGUAGAGUCUCAUUGUAUUUAAUUCAUGUUCACAAAUGAGGCAAGGAAAUUCGAGAGUAUAAGCUAGACAAGAUAAGUAUAAGUAAAGAGGCGACAUUGUUAUAUUGGAUUGAUAAAAGUGAGCAAUUCGUAAGCUUGGAUGA